CCAGGUACGGCGCACAAUUUCGUAAACAAAAGCAAGGAUGCGAUAAGUGCGACCCAGUGUGUUACCAAAUAAAGUACGCACGUUCGUGGAGCUCUGGUCUGGUGAGGUUUUUGCUUCCCCGGUGGAUUGAUAAGAGCACGGGCCACGCAGAGCGACCGAAAAGAUUAAAAUCAGACCACACGGCCUACUACGGGGCAGCACAGAAACAGUCCAGAGGAAGAGAGCGUGUGUGCGAACAGAGGAGGAUUUCACAACAGAGCGAAAAAGGAUGGAUCUCGAACCAGCGGCAAAGGAGUAUCAGAAUGCGAUAUCAAAAGUGCAAUUGGUUGAGCGCAAUCCGGCACCGAAUGGUACCGCGAUCGUCAGCAUGUACCGGACGGGCGUGCGGGAAGCGAACGAUAUAGUGAGCCUCGCCAAGGAGAUCCAGUCGGCGGACGUGGCCGUGACGAACAAUGCGUGCGCCAAGCUGGUGAUGAUUGCCGAGCAGAUCCGCUUCCUGCAGCAGCAGGCGAAGAAGAUACUGGACGAGACGCAGUCGGCCCAGCAGCUGCACCAUGCGGCGUGCAAUUUCCGCAAAAUCCCGGGCCACAUCUACCACCUGUACAAGCGACCGUCGGGCCAGACGUACUUUAGCAUGCUGUCGCCGAACGAGUGGGGCCCGAAAGGGUGCGAACACCAGUACCUGGGCAGCUACAAGCUCGAGCACGAUCAGACGUGGACGCCGGUGGACAAGAUCGAGCAGGUGCAGGAGAACAUACGGUGGGCGCACCGGGUGCUGGACACGGGGUUGAACAGCAACCGGAACGGCUUCCUGUCGAUUGAUGGCGGGGCAGCGAACGUGGAGGAGGAUGCGGAGGAGCAAAAGGAAUCUUAAUUUAUGUUGCGACGUGUGGCGUACUUCCCUGUGAAAUAAAAGUUUCUUUUUUUU